CUGCACAUCGUCGUCGCCGAGCAUCCCUGUCAACCCUGCAAGCUUCUGGGCUGGCUGCCGCGCCCAAUCACCACCGACGGGCUCACUCCUCCUGUCAACCUCUCGCACACUCCACUCUCCACUCGUCUCUCACUUCAUCUCGACGGUGCCAUCUCCUGUUCUUUCCUCUCCUCCACUGCUCGUCCUCUACCCGCAAUCCCAUGAGGCCUUGACCUCGUCCUUUUAUCCUCCCUCUUCCCCUUCUCCUCUGUCGUUGGACGAAAGAUAUCACGACCUCUUCUCGAAUAUCCCGAAUGUCCACGACUCCCCUCCUAUCUCUCCCAGCUCUCACCUAUUCCUCCUGAGCCUUGUUCGACAUCCUGAACCGAAGCUUGCUCUGCUCCCCAACCUGCACUCAUUUCACUGGACGUUCUGGAUAGCGUUCCAUCAAAGGUCAUUGGAAGCAGUUGAAAGACGCCCAUUGGGUUCGAAAAGAUUGACGUCUCUUCGACCAAGCUCUAGCCUCGAGUUCGUCCAAGGCAAGGCGAACAAGUCUAGAAUACUCACGAUCCAAGGUUCCCAGUGCGAAGCUGGUAUCCUCUGUGGACUUUCCAGCCCACAUUCCUGAUCAGAGUCCAAAGCUCAACCCCACGGAGGCGUUCAUUCGACCUUCGUAGCCCUCAGCGCACGAGCGACCAAUCUGCUCGCCAUUCCGAUCCUUGACUAGAUGAUCCCUAGUAACAAGGAUUCUUGGAUCACUCGUGCCGUCCUUUCUCCUUUCGGAUACUCCUCAAUCUAGAAGAGCAUCUCACUUGGUUCCUGGCCACCUCCAGUUCGUGCAACAUUUGAUUGCGUCCCUUCAUUCACUCCUUUUUGAGAAUUAUCUUACAUACGACUGUCCUUCACUUUUCUCCGUCGUCCUAACUUCGCCCUGCCGCCAACAAACCUUCGGUUAAUCUCCUCUCACUUCAACCGCAGCGAGUCUCGAACCCUUCUUCCACAUCCUUCAACAUGGCUUACAACAGGAUCUCCUCAUUUGGUUCCAACGACAGUGGUUACGAGAGUGGCAUUGUCGAGGUUUUUGAUGAACCUGCCCAACCCAUCAUCAAAAAUGUCGACCAUGCGAAGGAAGUUGCGAGACAUCGGCAACAUCUGAUAGCCUCUGAGCUAUCGAGAAGAGACGCAGAGGAAUACCAAAAUGACAUGCUUGACCAUAUGUUGAAGAUGGACGCGGACACCAUGGCCGAUGUGGACGCGAUUGACAUUCAGACAGAAAUCCAGUGGUUCAUGAGACCAUACCUCCUUGACUUCCUCGUGGAGGCCCAUUCCGCGUUCCAACUCCUGCCGGAAACUUUGUUCCUUACUAUCAACCUUCUGGACCGCUACUGCUCCAAGAGAGUCGUCUACAAACGUCACUAUCAACUCGUGGGCUGUGCAGCACUGCUCAUUGCCGCAAAGUAUGGAGACAAGAAAGAGAAGGUUCCAACAAUCAAGGAGUUGAAGUCCAUGUGUUGCUCCCUCUACGACGAUGAUAUGUUCUUGCAGAUGGAAUGGCACGUUUUGUCGACUCUGGGCUGGACUAUCGGUCAUCCUACCGUCGACUCGUUCAUGCGCCUUGCUGUCAAGGACAAUGUCUACGAUCCUGAGGCCGAAAGUCUGACUCUUUACAUUCUGGAAAUUGCUCUUUACCACAGAGACUUUGUGUCAAAGCGAUCUUCCACUCUAUCGCUCUCAGCUCUUGCUCUUGCACGACAUAUCCUAGGGCGGCCGCAAGCACGUGUCCAUGAAUUUGGUUCUCACUUCUGCAGCACCACGGUGAUAGAAUUAUUGAACAAGAUUCACGAACCUUCCAGCAUCCUGUCACGGAAAUAUGCCUCAGUCCGCUACUCUAGCGUCUCUAGAGUCUUGUCAAGCUUCCUCGCCCAGAAAGCAGCUGCUAUGUCUGCCGCCUCAGCAAGGACACCGUUGACGCCUACUUACGAGCUCACUCCACCAUCGACCAAUGCCAAACUGGCCGGCACAGAGUACUUCCAAAGUUACGCCACUCCGCAAAAGCCUCAAUUUCCGUCCAUCGUCCAAAACGGUCUUUACACACCUCCCAUCACUCCAGAAGGUGAGAUGUUCGGCGUGACUCAAAAGACCUUCGGCGCACCCAAUCAAUACGCUCCACCCACGCCCAGUCCCAAUGCAGUGCUCGGUCAGCAGUACACCUCUCAAUGUUCUGCAUCUACUCGCCAAAGGAGCGGCGAAUCCUACUGAAGAAUCGCGGCGGAUGAGAAACUAGAAUGUUGAUCAUGGUUUCGCUUCACCACCACCCUAAGUCUGUCUGCAACACUGAGUGUUCUGUUACAACACAAUCGUCUUUGUGAGGAUGUAAUUUUUUUUUCUGCAUUGCAAGCGUCCAGUUCGGCAUCAAAGCUAGUCCUCAGAGUCAUGGAAGGAAGGAGGAAAAAGGGAUAUCUGUGGCAGCGUUCUUUCUAAUUCAAAGCGCGUGAAGGUGUGAUAUCACCGGAAAAAGUCGGGAAUGUCCAAUCUUUUCUCACUGGCUUGCAAUUCUGCAACAGGGUCAGCAAAAAGAACAUGUUUCGGGUCUGAGGGCGGUGGAACGUAAUCUACCGGGCUAGACAGAGGAUGUGAAAGGGCUGCAAAAUUGUGAACUAGCCAUGGCUGGAAGGAGUUUCUCGAAGAGAUAGAUACUUCGCUGGAUCUGAAGGUCCUGCAAUGGGGGCGAAUCCGUUGUUGAGUGCUGUUCACCAAGGAUUCCCCGUACUAUGUGUCAAUACAAGUCUGAAUCUUGUCUUCUUUGCUCUUCUGGAAAGCAUAAAGAGUGCCUCAUGCGCAUCAUUUCGGGAAUCUGAGGCGAAGACUAUAGUACGAGAAGUGUUCCAUUUGCAAUUGUCCAUGGCCAGUCUCGUGUACGCUGAACUCGGCAUCUCAUCC